AUGGGCCCGGUCGCGCUCCUGGUGCUCUGUCUCUCCUGCUUGCUUCUCCUGUCGCUGUGGAUACAGAGCUCUGGCAGGAGGAAACUUCCUCCUGGCCCUACGCCUCUCCCAGUUAUUGGGAACAUACUCCAGCUGGAUGUGAAGAACAUCAGCAAAUCCUUAAGCAAUCUCUCAAAAGCCUAUGGCCCGGUGUUCACUGUGUACUUCGGCAUGAAGCCCACGGUGGUGCUACACGGGUACGAGGCUGUGAAGGAAGCCCUGAUUGACCGGGGCGAGGAGUUUUCUGGAAGAGGCAGCUUCCCAGUGGCUGAGAAAGCUAACAAAGGGUUUGGAAUCCUUUUCAGCAAUGGGAAGAGAUGGAAGGAGAUCCGGCGCUUCUCCCUCAUGACCCUGCGGAACCUGGGCAUGGGGAAGAGGAACAUCGAGGACCGUGUUCAAGAGGAAGCCCGCUGCCUGGUGGAGGAGCUGAGGAAAACCAAUGCAUCACCCUGCGAUCCCACUUUCAUCCUGGGCUGUGCUCCCUGCAAUGUGAUCUGCUCCAUUAUCUUCCAGAAACGCUUUGAAUAUAGAGAUAAAUUUUUCCUAAACAUAAUGGAAAGGUUUAAUGAAAAUGUCAAGAUUCUGAGCUCUCCAUGGAUUCAGAUCUACAACCUUUACCCUGCACUCCUGGACUAUUUCCCAGGGAGUCAAAACAACAUAUUAAAAAAUAUUGCUUUUGUAAGAGAUUAUGUUAUAGAGCAAACAAAGGAACAUCAAGCAUCCCUGGACAUUCACAAUCCUCGAGACCUUAUUGAUUAUUUCCUGAUCAAAAUGGAGCAGGAAAAGCACAAUCCGCACGGGGAGUUUACUAUUGACAACUUGACAAUCACCGUGUCUGACUUCUUUGGAGCCGGGACAGAGACGACGAGCACCACCCUGAGAUACGCGCUCCUGCUUCUGCUCAAGCACCCGGAGGUGCUAGCUAAAGUCCAGGAAGAGAUUGACCGCGUGGUCGGCAGAGAGCGGAGCCCCUGCAUGCAGGACCGGAGCCACAUGCCCUACAUGGAUGCUAUGGUGCACGAGGUCCAGAGAUACAUGAACCUCCUCCCCACCAACCUGCCCCAUGCGGUGACCUGUGACGUUAAAUUCAGAAACUACCUCAUCCCCAAGGGCACUACCAUUAUAACAUCUCUGACUUCUGUGCUGCGAGAUGACAAAGAAUUCCCCAACCCAGAGAAGUUUGAUCCUGGCCACUUCCUGGAUGAGGCAGGCAACUUCAAGAAGAGUGACUACUUCAUGGCUUUCUCAGCAGGAAAACGGAUGUGUGCAGGAGAGGGCCUGGCCCGCAUGGAGCUGUUUUUAUUCCUGACCGCCAUCUUACAGAAUUUUACCUUGAAAGCUGUGGUCGAUAUAAAGGACCUUGACAUCACCCCGGUUAUGAAUGGCUUUGCUUCUGUGCCGCCUCCUUACCAGCUCUGCUUCAUUCCUGUGUGA